GUUAUUCUUUAACGAGAAGCAGAAGUGAUAGUGUCAAUAGUGUCGUUUUCGGGUCUCGUGGAAAUUUGUUGGGGAAAAUUUGCUUGAAAAAUAUGUGGUGGUAAAUGCACAAAUAAAUUUCGAUGUUAUAAAAAGAAAUAAUCGCUUCUAUAUCACAACACUUUCGCAACUGGUGCAAUUAAUGUUGCGUAAAGUAAAAUUGGAAAUAAAUCUGUGUAUGUGCGUGCGUACGUGUUUUGUAUUGGCGGAAUAAAAAAACACAUUAAAGAAAAGGCUAAAAAGUUAAUGCAAACGCAAAGUGGUAGCCUAGUGCAUAAAAAACGCCGACGUUGAAAACGAAGAAGAGUGGAAGAGAACAAGCAGAGAAAAGUUCAGUUUAUUCUGUGUGUUGGCCAAAAGUAAAAUUGCAACAGCGACGACGACGACGACGUUAGCAUAAGCAGCAGCGACGGCGGCGACAAGCCCAAAAAGACAGUGUCAAAAUUAUGUGUGCGGCACAAAUGAUUUUUAUUGAGGCCAACGCUAUGAAAUCGAAAUGCUAAAAUAUCAAUCAGUAGUUGUGAAUUAAAAGCAAAUAACAGAUACAAGUACAUACAUACACUUGAUGUGAAUCAUAAAUGAAAUUCAUUGAUUAGAGUGAAUUUUAUGCGAAGCAUUGUGUUUGAACGACCCAUUUUGCUACAUACAUAUGUAUAUGGCUUAUCGCGUAUGGAAUUCAGCGCAUAUUUCAUUGAGUUCUCGCAAAACCGCAAUUUGAACCGCUUAACAAGCGUCAAGUGAUUGGUGCAGUCAUUAAGAUUGUUUGUUUAAAAUCGUUUUCGAUUUUUGGCGACCGUAUUUAUUACUAGAUUUGUGGUAGUCAUUCCUUGUCUAAUAUACCAUACGAGUAUAAUUUGCAAAAUCUGUUAGAAAGUCAGAGCGCUAAUGAGUGUGCAAAAAAUUAAACUCUCAACAAUUAUAACCAGCGCUUUACACAUUUUGAAUUGUCGUAAGCCGCUAAAGUGCUAAACACAAUAAAAAAGGUUUUAAUUAAAUAAAUAAUUUUUUAAGCUUAAAGGUGUACAUUCAUAUUGUGAAAAGUAGUAAAUUAUAAAUAUUUGAAAUCUAAAUUCAGUGAAGUAAUCAAUUUACGACAGUUUGAGCGCAAACUGCUUAAAUACCCCCCAUUAAUAUCAAGUGCAUUUAAUGAAUUCAUUAAAAUAUAAUUAAAAUUGUCAAUUGGAUUUAUUGCUUUUAGUGUUUUUAAAGAGCGGUAAAUUUCAAAAAACCGAACAUAUUUCAAAAAGCUUGUGAACCACAUAUUAUCACAGUUGCUGCAUGGUUUUUCUGAUAAGAUCUUAACGAGUUCGCCGGGCUAUUUUCGUUGCUCUCACAGUGAAGAGAGUCAUUGUUAAAAAAGUUCAUCUGUGCAUAAAUCCUCGAUAAUCUCUUAAGUCCUUAAGUAGUAACAAGUUUUCUACAACAAACGAGCUGCACACUCGUAUUUUUUGCAAGCCAACCAUUCGGCCGUUGCUAAGAUUCGUCGUUAAGCUGCUAAGUGCCAUUUACAGAGAAAAAAACAACAACACAAAUACAACCAUUGUAGCUACAAUAACGGUAAACAAGUGCAAAAGUUUGCAUCUCGUAGUUCGGAACAGUGCGUAUUGUUGUUUUUGUAUACAUGCUAGCUACUAUCAAGCCUAAUUGAGGAUCCCUAAACUAAAAGUGUUUGAAGAGCUUCGACCGACUACAAAUUUGCUGAUCAUUAUCUUCGCCUUCAAGAAUUGCCAACCAUAUCUAACCGUUAAAGUGAUCCAAGGUGAUUCAAGGCAAAUGAAGUUUCAAUAAACAACUUUCGCACAAAAACGGCAACAAAAAGCACAAGACAUUAUUAGAAAUAUUAAGGAUUGAGCAAAAGAGAAGCACACAAAAUCUCAAUAGAAAGCCUGCAACAGCACAAACAAUAUCGCCCAGCCUACUUCUGUGUUGGCAUGUUGCUGUAGUUGGCAUCGCUAGCAAACUAAAUGACGCCAAUCGUUACAGCAACAACAACAAUAAUAAUAAAGCAAACAUAUCGAGCCAUUGAAACGGCACUUUCCGCUGGACACGGACACACACAAAUGCAGCCAGAGCCAGAGCGAGGCGACCUAGCACCAAUUACAAUAAAUAAAAUAGCAAAAGCGACAACAACAACAACGAAAUUACAGCGUUUUUCGCAUUAGUUGCGUAGCGUAAAAGCAAGGCGGGAAGUGCGUGUUUACGCCGCGUGGUCAGUGAGCGACAGGAAGUACGCCUGUGUGUGUGUGUGAGGCUUAGUGUGGAACACGCCCAAGACGCCUAGCAACAGAGAUUUUUGGUCGUGUACGCCAAAACGCGCCAAGCACGCUCGGCAAACGAACGGUACAUACGCACAACAACCGGAAACGGAAACACAAGUGCUACAAACGACAGCCGGCAAAAACGUUUGGCAAUUUGCUCCGCCGGACAGGCAGACAAUCUAUGAGCACCGUUAGUUGGCUUUCUGACAGCGCUGUGCACAUAUUUACCAUUCCGCUGCACUAACUGUGUGUGUGUGCGCUUAUAUACUUCGUAGAUAUGUAUGUGUAUGUUUGCGGCGUCUAUGUGUAAAGGUGUUAUGUAAUCACGCGCCAUUACUGGAGGCGUCAAACUACCAAUAACUGGUGCGCAGCGUCGCAAUAAACAUUUUAUUCAAAACAUAAAAGUCACGGCGUUGCCAAGCGGUAAACGUAAUAAUUUGCUGCGAGCAAAUAAUAUUGCCACACUUUUAUUGCUUAGUCAAGAAACACACACACAGACACGCGCACAUUCAAGCACGUGUUCACAGCAUUAAAAGACACAGCUGCCAUAGUUUGCGGCCGAGCAAGUGCCGGACAAUUAACUUCAACGCCCAGUCAGUGCUUGAGGCGGCGCGACACGUGCAAGCCGCCGCUCAAUAUCCGACAGUGUAGAGAUCUUUUUUCCAGCCGGCCAAAGGAUACAAUAAAAAACCGCCAACCUGGAACUAAUGGAAUUAGAGAAUAUUGUGGCCAAUACGGUCUACUUGAAAGCCAGAGAAGGUGGUUCGGACAGCAACAAAGGCAAGAGCAAGAAAUGGCGCAAAAUACUACAAUUCCCACACAUAUCGCAGUGUAUACACCUCAAAGACAAAUUAGAUAUAAGUUAUGGUUACGUGAUAGACCAACAACCCAUCGGCCGUAUUUUGUUUCGGCAAUUUUGUGAAAGCAAACGGCCGAUAUAUUUUCGGUAUAUUUCGUUCCUGGAUGAAGUGCAGCGAAUUUCGUUUUUGCUCUCCUCCAAUGCGAAAUUUAGAUACGACGUGGAGUACGAUGAGAAUCGUAUCGCCAUUGCGGUCGACAUUGGACGACGUUUUCUGGCUAUUGACACGCCAACCGCGCUAAAUAACGGCAUUUGCGAUAUCGGCGAUGUCAUACGAUCGGCGAAUGAGAAUACAGUUGAUGACGACGAUGCCAACAACACAAGUUCCGCCAUUGAGAACAACACUGCUGCAGAGACUGAAAAUCACAAUAAUACCACCGCCAUUAAUAGCAGCAGCAAUAAUCACAAAAACUACGAGCAUCACAAUGGCGAUGAGCACAACAGUGGCAGCAAGCAACAACAGAAACAUGUAUUGAGCGAUGGCAGUGCGACACAUGAUGCCGGCGGCUCUGGUGGCGGUGACAGUGGUGUGGAUGCGGGCGAUACAGUUGGUGGCGGCAGCGGCGAAGGUAGUGGCGGUGGGGGAGGUGGUGACGACACCGGCGGCGGUGACCUAAACAAGGAUAGCAGUAAUUGCCAUUAUAGCCCGGGUGUGGGCAAAUUGAAUCCCGCUACCGGCGAUGAACUGGUGCUGGACGUGCUCAAUGAUGAUCUUAUUGCGCGAGUGCGUGACAAGAUCACGAGCGGGAAUAAAGAACUCUUCGAACCGUGCGUAACGGCUGUGAAGGCUUUCCUGGCCGGUGAACCAUUUCAAGAGUUUGAGACUUCAAUGUAUUUCCAUCGUUAUUUGCAAUGGAAAUGGCUCGAGGCGCAACCCAUCACCUACAAAACGUUUCGCAUGUAUCGCGUAUUGGGCAAAGGUGGCUUCGGCGAGGUCUGUGCAUGUCAGGUACGUGCAACUGGAAAAAUGUACGCCUGCAAAAAGCUCGAGAAGAAACGCAUAAAAAAGCGCAAGGGUGAAUCGAUGGUGCUCAUAGAGAAACAGAUUUUGCAGAAAAUCAAUUCCCGAUUCGUUGUUAAUUUGGCGUACGCGUACGAGACGAAGGAUGCCCUCUGCCUAGUGCUAACGAUCAUGAAUGGCGGUGACUUGAAAUUCCAUAUCUAUAAUAUGGGUGGCGAUCCGGGCUUCGAAAUGGUGCGAGCACGUUUCUACGCUGCCGAAGUCGUCUGCGGACUGGAACAUCUACACCAACAGGGUAUUGUAUAUCGAGAUUGUAAACCGGAGAAUAUAUUGCUGGACGAUCACGGGCAUGUGCGAAUAUCAGAUUUAGGAUUAGCCGUCGAAAUACCGGAGGGUGAUUUGGUGCGCGGGCGUGUUGGUACAGUGGGUUACAUGGCUCCAGAAGUGAUCGACAAUGAAAAAUACUCAUUCUCACCGGAUUGGUUCAGUUUCGGUUGUUUGUUAUACGAGAUGAUCGAAGGUCAGGCGCCAUUCCGCAUGCGCAAAGAGAAGGUGAAACGCGAAGAGGUCGAUCGGCGUGUGAAGGAGGACAAUGAAAAGUAUUCUAGCAAAUUUAGUGAUGAGGCCAAAUCAUUAUGUCAGCAGCUGCUCGCUAAAUCCAUAAAAGUACGACUUGGCUGUCGAAAUGGUCGCUACGGUGCGCGUGAAGUGAAAUUACAUCCAUUCUUCAACUGUAUUAACUGGAAACGGCUGGAGGCAGGCAUGGUGAAGCCGCCCUUUGUACCAGAUCCGCACGCCGUGUACGCCAAGGACGUGCUCGACAUUGAACAAUUCUCGACGGUGAAGGGUGUCAAUAUCGACGACUCCGAUACGAAUUUCUAUAGCAAAUUCAAUACCGGCUCCGUGUCGAUUUCAUGGCAAAAUGAAAUGAUGGAAACCGAGUGCUUCCGCGAACUGAAUGUAUUCGGCGUCGACGACAGUCCAACGCCCGAUUUGCUGAUCAACGCUGUGCCGGAGCCGGAAAAAGCUGGCUGUUUUCCGUUCAGAAGAAAGAAGAAGCAACCGCUGCGCACACAGCCGAUACCCAUUCCCGAACACUUACUAACCACUAGUCACAGCGUUUCCUCGACGACCGUCGAAAGCUGAUAGCAUAAGUAAAUAAGUAGCAAUAAUGAUAAUUAUACGCAGGCGCAUUGAAUUACAAAAAAAAAACAUCAAUGAAUUGGUGCAAAGCGAGCAACAAACACACAAACAUACAUACAUGGUGUUUUCGAUGUUAAACUAUAAAACUACAUAUAAAUUAAUUAAUGUAGCGCAUACAUACAUACAUACAUAAGUAAUCAUACACAUACACAUACGCACACACACCCACACGCACAUACAAACACAGUGGCGUGUGCAACAAACGACACAAAAACAUUGUUUUAGAUUACGGUGUUAAUUAAGCGAGAAUUUUCUAAGCAGAGACGAUACACGAUACAAACAAACUAUGCACAAUACAACAACAACUAACACACAAAAACACCUUUUUUUGCAUUACAUAAGCAUUAGAGAUUUAACAAAUUUUUUGCAAAUGCAUUACGCAACUAUCUAAUUGUAGUUAUAUAAUAUGUAUUCGGUUUGUAAUCUUUUUGUAUUGUGCAAAAAUAGCAACAAAAACAAAAAAAAAACAAAAACGACAAAAAUAUGCGAAAAAGUUUAUAAAUAACUGUAGUUAUAAUAUUUAAUAAUAUAUAUACAUAUGUAUGUAUUUACCGUUAGGAGCUAUGGCGUAGCGGUACAUUUGUAAUGACUACUCGUACAUAUUACUUUAAUACUGAAUGUGAAACUAGUAAACAACAACAACAAAAAAUACACCCAAAAGACUAUGCCAACAAGUGAAAACAAAAUAUACAUACAUAUACGCGCACAUACAUAUGCAAGGCGCAAAGUAAUGCAAAAAAUAUUGAAAAUACACAAAUUAAUGUAAUUAUGAAUUGUUUAGAAACUCAGCUCACAAUGUAACUACCAAACUACAAUACUAACGUUUUUUGUAAAUGUUUUCUUUUUUACAACUUUGACUACAUACAUACAUAUGUGCAUAUAUGCAUGUACAUAUACAGCAGCCGUUGCAUACUUAAAUAUCACAUGUAAUAUACAUAUACUGCAUCCACACAUACAUACAUACAUAAUAUAUGUAUUUACUAAUUAAAACUAAUUACAUAUGCAUUUAGCGUUUAAGCAACAACAACAGAUGGUAGUAAAACAAAAAUAAAAGCGAAAAAAUCAAGAUAAAAUACCAAAAAUUAAUAGGAACGUGCAGAAAUUACAAAAACAAAAACACAGUUGUAUUUGUGUUGAACUCGUUAGUUUGCGAAUUUGUAUAGAUUUAGAUAUUUUGUAUGUGUGUUGUAAUUUUUGUUUUUUUUUUUUUGUAAAUUCGCAAAGAAAAAUUGCAAUUAUAAAAAGUUGUAUAUGGCAAGUUUGAAUUCUAAUUAUAUUUAAAUACAUAAAUUGCAUUUUACAUACAUAAAUUAUAUUUUAUAUACAUAUGUACAUAUAUACAAACUCUCAAAUUAACCAGUAAAAUAUAAAUACUGCACACAAUCGCAUUAAUUGUACUGAUAAUAUAUAAUGUAAUAAUUACAAAAUAAUAAAAUAUCAUUUUUUAUAUAUAAAUCAAUGUGUGUUCCAGCUAUUCUUACAGUAAAUUAAUAUGUAAACAUUAUUUUGUAAAAAAUAAAAAUAAAAAACAUUAAAUAUUAACGAAAUACAAAAUACAAAAUACGACAAAAUGUUAUACAUACUAUAAACCGAUGUCUCAGUAUUUUAUUUAGAAACAUAAAUGCACAAAAACUUUAACUGCGCAGUUGUUUCUUAAAAUUUAGUAAUUUGUGUUUUGAAAAAUGCUGUUCAAAAGCACAAAAUUAUUAAAAAAUUUUAAUAAUUUCACUAUAUGUGACCUGGUCUACGAAAAGGGAGCUAACGUGCGAAAACUAGUUUUCUGGGAAACAGCUGUUAAAAAUAAUCAACUCGUUUCAUCAGUUUCUCGUUAUCUCAUUAAUUGUUUUUUUUUUUUUUGACACCUAAGCCCCCUUUCCGUAGACCAGGUCACAUAUAAACGAAAUAUUUAUUGAAAUUAGUUUCGAGUAGCGUGAGAAGUUGGUUUUCAAGCUUUCUAAAUUGUAAUUGAGUAGUGGAUACUUGCAAAUAUGUGCAUACAUUUAAAAUUUUCAAAACUAUUAUAAAAGAUAAGUUCGAAGUGCAAUUAUAAUUUUUUUUUUUAAUUUUAAAAUUUUAUUUCAAUGUUUAUGAUAAUUUCAAGUUAGUUUUAAUUCUGUAUGCAGAAAAAAAAUAUUUUUUGCAAUGAUUUUGUUCAUGAUUUUGCCAUGAAAUGUCUCAUUUGACUUCAAUCACUUAUCAAGCACUUAUCAUAGAGCUGUUACCUUCCUUAGGCAUUAAGAGUUAUAUUCAAAAUUAUGUUUUUGUUGUCGUAGCGGCAGAAUUUUGUCGAGUUGACAGUCCUUGACUGUAUAAAAAAUUCGGGUCCGUUUCAGUUACGUAGACCCGACUGUCGUGGGAACGGAUCAGUAUUAUAUUUUUAUAUGCUGAAUUUCGAAUCGGCAAAACACCAAAAUUCAUACCGCAAACUUGUUAUUCUUAAUCGAAAAAGAUUUGUCGUCAAAGUAUCGCUGAAAAAUCGGACCACUACACAUUACAUUAAACUUGCUAUUAUUUCAUGUCAGCUUUUGCUGUUAAAAAAAAAAUUUUUAAAUUAAUUCAAAUGUUCGAGCACAAAAUAGAAGCAACUUAAUUCAAAAACGUCGCUUCCCGCUGUAUUAUUAUUCCUCUUUGGAGAGCAAAUCACAGAAGUGUAGCAGCGUUAUAGGCGUACAUUCAUUUAGAUCUGCUAUAAUUACAUUUUUUCCAAUCGUUUGAAUACUAAUCAGAAAAUGCUGUUCAAACGAUGACAAAAAUUAGCGAUUUUUUACAGUUAGUCAGUGUUUUCAUUAGAUUUUAUGGAAUUUUAAGUAAAAUAAUCUCAGUGACAGUAAAUGGUCAUUACCAAUUGUCGCAAUUUCAAACAUAUAAUAAUAUUACAAAUUACAGAGAUCAGAGGAAAAUAAAGCAACGUGAAAAAUUUUGAAUAAUCGUUAACAAUACUUCUAUGUACGUACUAUAAAUAAACAAUAAAGCUUAAAAAUAGUCAAAGAAACUUACAAACAUAAGCUUAACAUGGGUUAGAAAUGUAUAUUUUGGUUAACUGUAUUCAAUGAUAGGCCAGUGCGGAAGCCUUUCAAAAUGGUAAAAAGUGAAAAAAAUCAGACUAGAUUGAAAGUAGCACUCUUAAAAUUAUUAGAUUAACCUGAAAACCGAUUUUUAGGACAACCGGUUUGUAACCGUUAGUAUGAAUAGUAACCGAUUUAUGCUAUUCUAAUAGUUGCUCUGCUGCGAGUGUUUAAAUAAAUGAGCGAACUAAUUUUUUCGUAACAUCUGAACUAAUUCUCAUUCAGCUCCUUUGCAAAUAAAAGCUUUUUUUGGUUCAUCUUACUUAUCAUUGGUCUUUUUGCGGCAAACUCGUACUCGGGCAUUGUGUCCAGCACUGUUUAGAGCUCUGCGAACAGUCCGAGGAUAAACAACCGUACCAACGUCUUCCUUCAGCAUUGCAGCUAUCUUCAAUGAUGGGAUUUGGGUUUUUUAUUAGCUUUGCUAUCUCCGGUUUACCCCGUUUUGAUAGCGUAAGCGGUCUUCUACUUCUCGGUUGAUACUCACAAUCCAGGUAAUUUUUCAAACGAUUCAUAAUACCAGUGAUUGUACUAAUUCACAUAAUUCCCGAAUAGUAUUUUGCUAUUUAUAAACAUUCAGUAUAAUUUUAGCCUCCUCAAAGGUCGUUCCUUUUAAAGGUUUCUCGCAAAAAUUACGGUACUUUAUUGUGACAGAUCAUUUUCAAAGUUACCAUAUUAGAUGAAAUUGGUUAUUGUAGAAGUUAGAGUGCCCAAAUUAUUUUUAUUCAUUUUCCAUUUUUUAUGUAACAACGAGUGCAAUGACGGUGACUUUUGUCGAUAAGAAAUAUGUACUUUAAAGAAAGUAUAGAUGCUUUUGUAAUGUAAUUGCUUAAUCCAAAUUUCAGUGGACACAUGGCGCGGAUUUUUCAGUUUCAUAAACAGAAAAGAGUCACAAGGAGCCGAAUAUGGCGAAUACGGUGGUUGAGAGAUGACUCUUAUUUCGUUUUUGGCCAAAACGACUAUCAUUAUCAGACCAGAAUGUGACGGCGGCUUAUCGUGGUUAAAAAUUCAUAAUUUUUUCCCCAAAAUCCGGUAGUUUACGACGAAUCACUUUACGUAAACGGCUUUGCUAGAUUGUUGGACAGUUUCGUCGUCAUAUUCAUAAACCCACAUCACGUCACUAGUAAUGAUGCGUUUGAUUGAUAUAAGAUACUCAUUAAUAUACAUUGCCAAGCAUCGCUUUUGCAACUUCCACUCGACGUUUUUUUUUUUUUUUUUUUUUUUUUUUUUUUUUUUUUUUGAAAAAAAUGCUGGACAUUGGGCACGAACCUUAGCAUCGACACACCCAAAACAUUAACCGAAAUGUCUUGCUUCGUUACAUAAGAUAAGUUGAGAUCCUCUGCUAUCUCCCUGACGCCAGCAGGACAAUUUUCAAGCUUUGUUUCUUUAAUUUUUUAACGGACCAGUCCGAUUUCUACAUUCAAAUUUCAUCAGAUGUGCAUAAUCCGACAUUUUGAUCACUUGAAAAUUUUUUAUACUUGCGACGACUCAGCCGCAAACAGUUCAGAUUAGAAAACCACUAAAAAGCCUCAGACACCGAAUCUCCUUAUUAUUUUUAUUAAUAACGUAAAUACAGUAGGUCCUACAAGAAAACUAUCGGCUUAAGCGUUUGAAAAAAUAUGUGAGCUAUCGUAAAAAAUAAAGGUAACUUCGGUGGCCUGGAAUUGCUUUCACAAAGAACGAAGUUUCCAUUAAAGCACUUAUUCUUUAUCGUUCAGUUUGUAUGACAGCUAUAUGAUAUAGUAGUCCGAUCUGAAAAAUUUCUUCAGAUGUUGUAGCGUUGCCUUAGAAAGCUAUAUAUGGCAAAUUUUAUAUGAAUACCUUGCUAAAUGAAAAAGUUUUCCAUACAAGCACUUGAUUCUGAUCGUUCAGUAUUUGUAGCAGAUAUAUGCUAUAGUAGUCCGAUAUAAAAACUUUCGUAAAUAUCUCUGUAUCUCUUCAAAUUUUGCACACAAGCACUUGAUUUUGAUUGUUCAGUUUGCAUGUCAGCUAUGUACAUAUGUGCUACAGUGAUCCGAUCUGAACAACUUCUCCGGACAUUGCUUUAUUUUCUUAGACCCUUGCCAAACUUCGUGAAGAUAUCUAGUCAAAUGAAAAACGUUUCCAUGUAAGCAUUUGAUGCCGAUCCUUCAGUCCACAUACACUCUUCUUUGAAUUCAACUGUAUGACUUUGUUGCUUUCUCGCCUAAGUUUUAAGCAAGAGACAAAAGCGAAACUUUCCGAGCAGCGAUUAGUAAUUCUUAUUCCCUUCUUAUUGGUAUAUAUUAUGACUGGCACAAAGAUCGUAAACAUCUCGCACAAUACUUUAAUGAUAUUUUAUGUCUUUUCUAUUUUUAUAUUUGUUUUUGUAAAUUUUUAAACUAAACACUUUACAAUGGGACAUCUGUGCAACUACAAAUAAAUAAAUGUAUCAAGAAAUGAGCAUUUAUGAAUGCAGAAUAAUUCUGCUCAAAAUAAAAUUCAACUAAAGAUUCGUAAAACAAAAAUCACAUUUGCAGAGUUGCAUACUUAUCAGCCACACUGUAUCAAUAAACAGCCAAAGGCCCUUCAAAACAUAAACUUUUAAAGAACUAAUAAAAUAAAUGUUUAUGAAUCGCAUCUUACAUAAGUUAAAUAAAACAAGAAAAAACUUUUCAUGCCGUAAAUACACACAUACAUACAUACGAGUACAUAAAUAUGAAUAAAAGCAUAGAUAUACAAUUUAUAGUCAGCAAAUAACAGGAUAAUGACUGCAUUCAAAUAUUUUGUGUAAUACACAUUCAUACAUAUUAAUUACUUAGUACAUACACACAUACUUAUAUUGAAUCAAUAUAAAAAAAAUAAUACAUACAUACAUAUGUACUGGCAUAUGUGCUAAGUGUAAUUUAAGAAAACCAAAUAAAAGCUGAAUUAUUUAAAAACGUAACAUAAUAAAAAUAAUAAAAGUAAAAAAAAAAUAACAAAAAGUACGGACAAUUUAUUAAAGCAAGCUUAGGAAGAGCAAGAUUGUACGAUGAAGAAUUUAGUAUGAAA